UCAGCUCAGGUUGGUCUACUGUCUUGUGGAUCAGACAGGAGCCCUCACAUCCUGUACAAGUUCCCUGUUUCCUCAUGGAGAUCUUUUAUCGUCGGGUGAACCUCUUUCUUGGACUUCUUUUGUCUGAAAUCUGUCUCAGGACCUCUUAUGCAUUACCGCCAACACUCUACAAUCAACAUGCUCUACCACAGAGACGUCAGAUUGCAGAGAGCUCUGAGCAAACUCUUCAGGAGCCACAAAAAGCUCCCUCUGAGGAACGAGUGCUGGUGAACACAGUCAAAGUGAGCUGCUAUCCGGACUCUCUGGACAUCAUCAUCAAAGCGGACAUGUUUGGAGUCGGUGCUCCUGUUAACAGUGAUGAGAUCCGCCUUGGAGUGGAGCAUGAUGUUUUCUGUACGGCUGCAGCUUCUUCAGGAGAUGAGUACAGGAUCUUUGUUGGAUUAUCAGACUGCGGCAUCAAACACUGGAUGACUGAGGACUCUCUGGUCUACACAAACCUGCUCAUAUACUCUCCUGAGCCCUCUCCUGAUGGGCUCAUUCGAAUGGAAGAGGCUGUGGUUCCAAUUGAGUGUCAUUAUGAAAGGAAGUAUAGUUUGUCAGGUUCCUCAAUCACACCCACCUGGAUCCCCUUCCUGUCCACUCAGGCUGCAGUGGAAACUUUGGAGUUCGACCUAAAAAUCAUGACAAAUGACUGGCAGUUUGAAAGAAGCUCAAACGUGUUUUACCUUGGGGAGUCAAUUGGUAUCGAGGCCUUGGUCAGAGUUGGACAUCACACUGGGCUGCGGGUGUUUGUGAGCAGCUGUGUGGCCACGCUUAGCCCCGACAUCUACUCUAUUCCCAGAUACAUCUUCAUUGAAAAUGGGUGUUUGGUCGACUCUCAGCUUCCAGGUUCAAAGUCUCACUUCCUGCCCCGAACUGAGGAUGAAAAGCUCCACCUGGUCCUCGACGCCUUCAAGUUUCAUAAUGAGGACAAAGGAGAGCUGUACAUCACAUGUCACAUGAACGCUGUACCUGCACACGACACAGAGGCACCGAACAAGGCGUGCACGUUUGUACAGGGAAGGUGGAGGUCAGCUGAUGGUAAUGACUUCCUUUGUGCAAACUGCCAAAACCAAAAUGAAGUGAGCAGUAAACCCAGCAGCCCGGGUAAGUUUGGUCCUCGUGGGUUUGGGAAGCCAGAGAUGUCUGAAUCCUGGAGGAGCGCAGUGAAAAACAACAUAGUGUGGGAACAGGAGGCCAAAGUGGGUCCACUGCUGGUGCUGCCAGGUAAACAGAAAAGUGGGCAUAUACCUGACGGGGCGCUCCCCCCAGUUCUCAGUAAAAUCAGCAGACCUGCUCUGUACGGCAGCAACUGGAGGAGUGGAACAAAUGACAGGAAAGUUGUAUCUUUAAUCUCAGACACACAAAAGGGACUGAGUCCUGAUCCGUCUACAGAAGAGGAAGGCGACUAUGACGACUAUGAUGAAGAGGAAGAGGAUCAGACUCUAGCUUCUCUGCAGAAGAAAGGCUUCAAAAGUGGAGCAGUUGUGAAAGAUAAAGAUGAAGGAAGCAAAAUUGCUGCACCUGUAAAGAAGGUGGAUUCCAUGCUCACUCUUAAAUCAAAGGCUAAAGAGACUGCAAGUAACAGCACAGCCACCCCCAGCGACGUCGGCCACUCUGCUCCAUCUACUACAGAAGUGACGCUAAAGUCCAACAGCACUACAGUAACAGAUCUAACAAAGAAAAACGCCCCAAAGAGAUGAUGAUGAUGAUGAUGAUAAACAUUUAAAUUAAAACUUCUGACUGCAUGUUUCCAUGA